CCCCUCGUUGACCAAAAACUUGCAUGAAUUCGAUUUGAGUGAAGGCUAGCUAGCUUGUUAUCCUACAUCGACUCAUAGCAAGUCCACAAUCGUGAAGUGUACAUUUGAAGAGAAUAGGUUUAAUCUUGGUGUACAGCGAUGUCUAAAAGCGAGACCGAGGAGAUGAUAGAGAUCGAGAUCGAUGGACAGGAGAAACAGGAGUGUCUGGAGGAGGGGGUUGAUGAGCAGACCAUCACAUCAGCCGAUCUGAUCCAACAGGACAUCGACAUCAAUGAGCCAAUCGGUAACCUGAAGAAGCUCCUGGAGCCCCGUAUCCAGAUGCCAUUGGACGGAUAUGAGAUCUGUCUACAGGACAUCCAGCUACAUCCAGACCACAGCCUCUUUGAUCAGGGAGUGAAGACCGAUGGCACAGUGCAACUCAGCCUACAGAUCAUCACCAAGCCAGGCGAGGAGAAGCUGAACAUCCUGGAGAUUGUGAAGCCGGUGGAGACGGUGGAGGUGGUGAUCGACCCAGAUGCAGCGGGGGAAGAGGGUACCCUGAUGGAGGAGGAGGGCCAGCUGAUCUCAGUGGAGCGCUCUUCCCUGUCAGACGACACAUCGGAGCAGGUGACCCGCUGGGCCGCCGCACUGGAGGGCUACCGCAAGGAGCAGGUCCGCCUGGGGAUACCCUACGACCCAGUACAAUGGACGGCAGACCAGGUGAUCCACUGGGCAGUGUGGGUGAUGAAGGAGUUCAGCAUUGACGAGAUGGAGGUGGGUGGGAUUCACAUCCUGGGUUGCGACCUCUGCACUUUCACCCAGGACGAGUUCCUGCAGAGGGUCCCCAGUGGAGAGAUCCUCUGGAGCCACCUGGAGCUGCUUCGCAAGUAUGUGUUGGCCAGUCAGGACCAGUCUGGCCAGGAGGCCACAGUCACCAUCGACCAACAGGUCCAGAUCAUCCCGGCCGCUGUGCCGACCUCGCACACCACCAUUAAGGUGCUGAAGCAGAGCCGCGGCCCCAAAACACCCCGCAUCUCCGGAGGAGAGGAACGCAGCUCACCUGGCAACCGCACAGGUAACAAUGGUCAGAUCCAACUAUGGCAGUUCCUGUUGGAGCUGUUGACUGAUAAGGAUGCUAGAGACUGUAUAUCCUGGGUGGGAGAGGAGGGAGAGUUCAAACUCAACCAGCCUGAACUGGUGGCCCAGAAAUGGGGCCACCGCAAGAACAAGCCGACCAUGAACUACGAGAAACUCAGCCGAGCACUCAGGUAUUACUAUGAUGGGGACAUGAUCAGCAAGGUGCAGGGCAAGCGCUUUGUCUACAAGUUUGUGUGUGACCUGAGGACUCUGAUUGGCUACAGCGCUGCUGAGCUCAACAACCUGGUGACUGAGUGUGAGCAGAAGAAGCUGGCCCGCAUUCAGUUGCACGGAAUUGGCCAGCCCAUCACCACUGUGUACGCCUCCGCACAGGACAGCUGAGGGGGAGGAGCCUGGGGCUCUUUGAUAAGGGUAGAAGUUGCCCAUAGGCACAGAUCUAGGAUCAGACUACUAUGACCAGCCCUAAGCUUAACCAUUAGAAGGUGGAAAUAAUAAACUGACCGUAACUGUCUAUGGGCAACUUCAUCCUACUCCUUUGGGUUUGAUUGGAGACGGGGCUGAGGCAGGAUGGGGAGGUUGUUUUCUUAUUUUAUUUUAACCAGGGCGGGAGAGUGUCUGUGGAUAUUGUGUGUGUGUUUGAGUGAAGGAGUGUCUGGAUAUUGUGUGUGUGCCUCAGUGUGUGUGCAUGAGCGUUUGAGUGAAGGAGUGUCUGUGCUUGAAAUAUGAGCGUUGCAUUUUUUUUGUUCCUUUAUCUGUAGCUUAGUAUCCUUUCCAUUGUAUAUACCGGUUCUCCAUGUUUUUGAUAGCCACAAGGACAGUGUAUUUUCAUAUUUUCCAUUUAUAAAUGAUCUGUUUUGUAUUUUAUUUUGAGUGUCUUUUUCCCUGAUGAGCUGGACAUUUUCUGUCCUCCAGGGGGAUUAAAAUUUCAAGUUUUUUCCUAAGGACUCAGUGUAACAUUGCUACAAUGUAAUGUGUAUACACAAACACACUCUUUUGCGCCAUGAUAACGUUUUCAAAUGUUUUAUAGUUCCUCCUAUAUAAAACACUUGUCAUUCACACAGUACUCAAGCUCUGUCAUGAAUAGAACAGAGAUCUGUAUGUACAUAAAAAAAAAAAAUAUUGAUGGGAUGUGUGUAGAAAGCUUUGUAAAGGUACAAUGAAAGUCAGAAUUAACAAAUGAAA